CAUGAAAAUAAAUAGUACAAGAGUGACAUUUCUUGUUAAGGAAGCAGACGCUCUGGAGGCCAACAUAAACAUUCCCAUUUUAUGUUCUUAGUAUUCUGAGUCAUCAGGUGACUUUGUGUGCAAAGGCAAUACUAUCGAAAGAUAUAUCUCCACCCACUUAUGGAUACUAAAAAACUACAAACAGCUUACUUGUAGCCAUGGCAACAGUUGUCAUCCUUGGUGGUGGUGUCAGUGGUUUAGCAGCAGCUUACUACUUACAAAGAAAUGCAAAAAAGCUUGGAAAGCUGAUUGUUCUCGAAGGAAAGAAACACACAGGUGGAUGGAUCUCAUCAGCUCAGCAUGCAAAUGGUAGCGUAUUUGAACAUGGGCCUCGCAGUAUAAGACCAGUUGGAGUCUCAGGCAGAAACACACUACAGUUGGUUGAAGAGCUGGAUCUUGCCAAAGAUGUUUUGGUGGUCCAUCGUUCAGAUGCAGCAGCAAGAAACCGUUACCUGUAUGUUGGAGGAAAGCUUCAUCCUUUGCCAAAUAAUUUGAAAGGAUUAAUAUCUAAAGUCCCUCCCUUCUCCAAGCCUCUGAUCAGGAAUUUCUUGGGAGAGCCUUUUGCCAAACGUAACACAGCCCCAGAUGAAUCCAUAAACAGCUUUUUUGAAAGACGAUUUGGAAAGGAGUUUGCCGACAUCGCUGCAGAUGCACUCUGCCGAGGAAUAUUUGCUGGGGACAGUCGUAUCCUAUCUAUGAAGUCCUGUUUUCCAGACAUUUUUAAAAUAGAGAGGAAACAUGGUUCCCUUAUCUUGGGCAUGAUCAUAUCUGGGCGAGCAAAACCUCAGCUACAGACAACAAUAGAAAAGCGAGCAAAGGAAGAACGCUGGGCAUCUUGGUCACUCAGGCAUGGAAUGCAGCAGAUAACUCAUGCAAUGACAGCUGCAGUAUCUGCUAAUCCAGUCUGUGAUGUGCGUAUCAGCAGUCCAUGCCAAAGUUUAAGUCUUGGAAGUGACGGGAAAAUAAAGGUUAAGACAGAAGCUGAAGACAUUUCAGCUGACCAUGUGGUGUCUUCAAUUUAUGCAAAUGACUUAGCCUCUCUGCUGCCUGAAAAAUAUGUUGAACUGCGCUCAGCGUUGCAGUCUAUUCCAGCUGUCUCUGUGUAUGUAGUGAAUUUGGAGUACCCUGGUGAGCACAUACCUGUCCAGGGUUUUGGACAUUUGCUACCUUCUUCAGAAAAUCCAUAUGUUCUGGGCAUUGUUUAUGACUCUUGCACAUUUCCUGAGCAUAACCGCAAAGAUAAACCAAGUACUCGCCUUACAGUGAUGCUUGGUGGCAGCUGGUUUAACAAGCUGCUGACAGGUAAAGGAGAGCUCCCUACCCUUGAUACAGUGGCUGGUGUUGCUAAAGCAACAGUGAUCAGUCAUCUGGGGUUUCCACAUGACCUCCAGCCAAGUAAAGCGGAUGUUUUUUUGCUGAAGAAUUGCAUCCCGCAGUACACUGUUGGCCAUUCAGACAAAUUGUUGAAAGUUGACAGUUGCCUCAAGGCGAGUGGUCUCCCACUGCAUCUGAUCGGUGCAUCAUACAAGGGUGUUAGUGUUAAUGAUUGCAUAUAUAACUCAAGGUUAUUUGCAGAAGAGCUGCAAACUUUACUGAAAUAAGCAUUUUAUAUAGCUUUGACAACUUAAAAUAAAUUUUGGGCGGAUUUACUUUAUAUUUCAUUACAACCUUUUGAGCAUUGUACAUUUUAUUAAAAAAGUAAUCACUAUCUCCUAACACAUUGAUUAUUUUUUUAAGUCUGUUUAAUGGAACGCCUUCACUUCCUGCCAAGUACUUUAGAAUAAAAUACGGGUUGUGCCAAGUCA